AUGUUGAAAAGGUAUUUCACCAGUUCUGUAAAAUGCCUGAAUGGCAAGGUACAUUUCGAGCCGGUAUAUGCAAACUUAUUAAGACAAGAAUGUUUUAAACCUUUAGCCGAAGAAUUACCAAAGAAAUAUGGCCAGUUGGAUCCCUAUGAACUUUCUGAGUUUGUCAACAAAGCUCUUGCUAAGCAAUCAUUAAACACUGAACAAGUAAUACCUAUCCAUAACAAGAUGAUUGAGGAGCUCAGUAGGUAUGAAUACGGUAUCAGUACUGUUCAUGCUAAAAAAUUGGAACAAAUUGGGGGACAGCUGAGCGAAAAAUCUCUACUUGAAAUAAUUAGAAAUAAUCCUGGUAGAGUUCAUGACUCUUGGGAGCUUUUGAAGAGGUUUCCUAAGGAAUUUUGGGUAGAUGAUUUGCUUUUGGCGGCUGUGGAAAAUACUAUUUCAAGGAAGACUUAUGAGGAAAAUGGGAAACAAAUUCUGCCAUUAAAAUCACUAGCUCAAUGUAUGAUCCUGCUGCAAAAUAUUGACCAUAAACAAAACAUCAAGCAAGAUGUCUUGGACGUUUUAGUUGGUCAUAUUUUAGAGGGGAAAAUCAGUAAUGCACUCCAACCUUUGCUGCAAUAUGGUACUACUUCGUUAGAACCCUUUCUAGAACGAAUUGAAGAAUUAACUCCGUACCAGAUUUAUCAAAUCUAUAAGAAUUUUCCCUUGGAUUCGUUAAAAACGGAAGAAGGACUCUUUUUUAAAAUUGUCAAUACACUGGGAAAAUUUCAAAAACCCGUUUUCUCUCAGGAAGAAGUCCAAACAAGUGAUGAAUUCAAAAAAUCUCUUCAAGAAUUUGGUGAAUUUUCUGUACUCAAUGAUUUAUCUCAUUCGGAAGAUCUAUCUCAGGAAUAUUUACAAUUAAGACAGUACAUUAGCGAAAACGAAUUGGAUAAAAAAGAUUUGAAACUAGCACUUAACCUUUUGAGAAUUGAAGGUGUUUACAGGAAUAACUUGGAGCGAGCUCUAGAGCUUUACCAUUCUUACCUUUUAAGCCAUGGGAAUAAAGCUAAUAAAUUGAUGUUUGAGAUUCUUUUAAGCUUUGCAUCUCAAAGCUUCAAAAAGUCAAACCCAGCCAUGCUUCAAUAUUCCCAAGUUUUCUUCCCUGCUGAUAACUCUGAAAGUGAUACUGUUAACAUUAUUCGCACCUUAAUGUUAGCUAAUUCCAAAUUUGACGUUGAGAAAUCAUUAGAACUUUACAAUACUAAUAUCGAAGCAUUUGCUAAAAGGAACGAAGAGUCAUUGGAAAGUAGUUUGUUAACCGAGUCACUUAUUAUGGCUUACUUGGCGAACCAGGAUCUCAAUUUCGCUCGUGUAAUUUUUGAAGGAGCUAUAAGAGAGAAGAUACUUACUUCCCAUGCCAUCAUCAAAAACUUAAAAGACCUGUUCAAAACUUAUGGGGAGGCUGUAGAAAAGGGUAAUGUGAAAGAUGUGAUGCAAGAGAAAAUUUUACAAACAUUUGAAACAAUUUAA